AAGCGAAUGACACAUGCAGUGACGAGAGACCAAUUGAAAAAUACCAGCUACUUAGCGUUGCCAGUUUUUAUGCGCAGGAACAGUUUUUGUGGCAGCCCCGUUUUUUAUCGGUCUAUCGAUUUAACUGCUAUCGUUGAAGAAAUAUCAAAACAAGAAUAACAAAAAAAAUAACAAAAACCAGCAGAAAAGCCUAAAUUACAGCGAAACAAGAAAGGAAGUGUCGAUAAAUAUACAAGUUAAUAGCAACAUCCAGCCAAAGAGGCAGCGAAGACGCAGCGCUGCCGCUGUAGCAGCAGCAGCAACAGCAGCAGUAGCAGAAACGGCUGCUGUUGGCACAAACAAAUUAAUCAAUAAUUAAUAAUGGGCGCCGAGCAUUCGCAGCAACGCAUCGAGGCCGAUGGCCAUGAGAUCUUCGAGCGUCGUGAUGGCGCGCUCGGCGGAGGCGGCAGCAGCGCAUCGCAAGCAACUGGGAUGCGUCUCAGCGAUGGCAGCGCCAUGGCACUAACAGCAGCUGCCGCAGCGGCCACAAACAAACGUCGUGGCGGUGGCAUGCAACAUCAGCAGCAGCAGCAGCUGCAGCGACAACAACAGCAACAGCUGGCCAACGGACCCGCCAGCAUUGUGAUUGCCAGCAAACAAAUCAUCUCGGAGACAGCAUCGCCCACCAGCUCCGAACUAAGUCGCCCCCCAUCGCCGCCUUUGAGUGUUUGCUCCGAUCUUCCGUAUGUUUCCUACACGGAUCGCCCGAUUGGGGAUUCACCGAAAAUACGCAAUCGUCCCGCACAUAUGCUGCAACAGAGCAGCGCCAGUCGUGCAGCAGCACGUAAAUCGCACCCAGGCGGCAUAACCACAACGAUCAAGCCAAAGCGUCCCCAAUCGACGGCCUCCAGUCACAACAUUGUGAUCGUUAAGCCUGGGGCACGGGAUACACACGACGAUAUCGAUCCGGAUUUGGCCCGUCUGCGAAAUAUACCACAAUUUCUGCCCGUGCUGAGGGAAUCGAUCAGUUCGGCGACCUAUACGCGAGAUGCCGAGAUCUUGGAGCGUCUGCAUUCGCAGCACUUGCUCAACAUUUGCGGACGCAUGCAGACGCAUUUGAAUCUGUGCGCCAAUCAUGUGGCCAGCGAACAGAAUCAUUUGGUGGAGCGCACCAAGGUUGUGAGCAAUUCGAUAACAACGCUCUUUGCCAAGUUCGUCGACAUGCAGAAGACGUAUGCUUCGUAUGCGGAGCAAUUUGCAAAGAUUCGCAGUGUUUCACAGCAGCUGAGUCGCUGCAAUUCGCUGUUGCAUGAGAACAUCGCCAGCUUGGAGGCGAUCAACAACUUUCUGGACGACGAGGAUCGCCUGGAGCCCUUCGUUUGGCGCACCGAUGACAAUAAGCUGCGUGGCGAGGCUGAGGGAGCUGCUGGUGGCAAUAGCAAUCGCUUGUGGCGCCUCUAAUGCUGUUAAAUCAUUCUAAUUAUUGUAUUUAUUGUGUAUAUUAACUUAUAUCUUCUUAUCUAUAUAUAUAUAUAUACGUAUCUGUAUAAUAAUCUUAGCUCAAUUGAGUGUUAAAAUUCUGCUGAAUGUUGUAGCUAGGAAUUGUCCGAGUGAUUUCGUUUAAUGAAUAUUUAAUGGCUAAGCAGGAAUUUGCUAUUUGUUAAGUCUCUAGCAGAGAUGGCAAAUAUUUGCAUAAUAUUUCUAAGCAUCAACUUUAAUAACCCUCAGUAUUAAUGCUUGCAAAGACUUUUGCCAUUGAGUUAUACAGAAAUCUCAUUUAACGGCCUCAACUGGUUACCAAAUUAAAGGUCAUUACGCAAAAUUAAAUAUUCGCAAAGUUGGUGGCAAUUCACACGCAUAUUCCACUUAGCGACCGUCAAAUCGUAUGCUUGGAAACCCAAUUAGUUACAACCAAAUCUCACUUAACGGCCACAGCUGACAUUUACAUUAAGC